CACGCCGUGUUUCCACACGAGCCUUUGCGCGUCGGACCUCCGAGGGCAACGCGUAGGGCACUGUCAUAUGUAAGAAAAACACAGAGCUGUGGCGAUCAAACAUGUGGAUCGCAAAACGCCUGCUGUCUUCCGUCUUCCUCAAAGGGCACUAUAGUCUGUUCUGUCGCCGCCCGAGCUCUUUCCCUAAAUAUGAGCUCCGAUUUUUGCACUGCACCUGUUGCAGAAGGAGCAGAAUCAUGAUCUGUGGGCUUGACAACUUGAAUACAUCGGUUUCCUCUGAAUUAUGCCAAGAAAAGCACAAACCCCUGGACUGGUGUUAUACCACAGAGCAGCGUGCUGUCAUCCUUCAGCACCUCAAUACAGCCACAGAGUCAGAACUGGAACAGGUCAAACUGCUACGAGGACGGAAAGCUACUAACAUCGUUAAAUACAGAACCGCUUACGGACCGUUUAACAGCCUGGAGAGUGUCAUGAACGUGCCCUUACUGAAACAGAAGAGUGCUGUCACAGUCUUUAACUCUAUCCUUAACCCAGCUGACAAGAAAGAGAGGAGAAAAGGAAAAGUCCAGCUGGCUAAAUUUAUAAGGCCGGAGGUCGACCGAGCUCUGCUGGAGAAUGCAAGCUCUAUAGUGUCCAUUGUUUGUGGUACUAAUAAAAUUGCAUGGACACACAUGGAUCACGCAAGAACCGUCUUAGACUGGCAGCAAGCAGAGUGCAAGAGUUUUAUGAAAGGAACAUACAUGGCGUCCGAUUAUUUGGAAGAUCUCUCCGCUGUUAUUUCAAGCUUCCCUCCUGCUGACUUUUUUUUGGUGGAGAAGCCAAACAUCUCUCCCCAGAAUACUUCUCUUUACCCAGUCUUAGUCCAUCUCCGAACAGUAGAGGCCAUGUUAUUUGCUUUACUAACUGCAGCGAGGGACCCGGAAAGCCCCCCGAAAGUCCUUAACAUGAUGCGCACGGCUGUCGGCCGCCAUUUCAACCUAAUAGUGGGGGAUUGUCGUACAAGUGGAGCCGAGACGGUGAGGAAGAUGAUGACGGAGUCCGUGAUGAAGCAAGAUCCACGCGUUCUUUUUCCUCAUGACUUGGUGUUAAAGCACAGAAACUCCUUUAAGAUGAGCAGCAGGAACAAAGGAGAAGAGCUGUGCGACGCUCUCCUGCAAGCCGUUGCGUUUUUUGAACUCCUGCAUGAGUGAAUUUUCUACUGAAUGGCUAUUUCUGAUUUGUUGGACAUCUUUACACAGUUCUUUCUCUGAAACAAAGGCUAUAUAUUAAAAACAAUUUACAUUGUUUGAACAUGACACAUGAGUUUAUUUAAUUUUCAUCUUAAACUAGGACUGUCUAGGACUGUCUCCUACUGUCGAGGAGAAACUUUAAAAAUGUAGAAAGGGUAAAAGUUACGGUAACACUCAAUUAUAAACAUUGUUAUAGCAUUGUUAAAGAGGGAAUCAACCCCAAAAUGAAAACUCAAAUUGUACAUGUAUGAGCUUCAUUCUUUGUUCUGUUACACAAAAGAAUAGCAAAUAGUUGCUGGUAGCCAUUUGGUAUGGGGAAAAAUGAUUGGAAACCAGUAGCUUUCAGUAACGGGUUGGUUUCCAGUGAUCUUUAGUAUAUUUAUGUGCAGCUGAAGAAAGAUAUUCAUGAAGGUUUGGAAUGACUUAACGUCUUUUGUGGGGAACUAUCCCUGCCAGUGUUGAUUCUUGCUGCACUUCUCUUUCAAUUAACUAGAGUCUUGGACCUGGAUAUCCCCAACCCUCGAUUCCAUGCUGCAUCACCUGAACUGGUUGUGUCAGAUAAAAGAGACAUCCAAAAAGUGUACAGUCAGGGUUACUCCAGGACAAAAUGAUCAGAACUUAUAGAGGUAAAUGUGUGUUAAUUACAGUGAAAAAAAUAAAAUACUGUGAUUAUCUUUU